AAACCCUCAGUUUGUCAGAUGUAACACUGGUGUGUAGACGUGUGUAUAGUUGAUGCGAGCAGGAUCAGUGAAAUAACUGUCAUUUUUGAUCAUUUACAUUUUAAGCACCAACGCAUUUCGUCCUUCUCUAGAGGGGCCGUAAGAUGUUGAUGUAACGUCGGGCGUGAAGCCGAGAGAGUGUGGUCACCCUCCUUCCCUCGUGGGCGUGGUUGUGGCGAUGGCUGGAGCUGACAGUGGGGGUGUGGGUGGAGGGGCCGGGUUGGGUGGUGGGGGCCCCGGGGACGGAGGAGGUGGAGGAGGAGGAGGAGGUGGGGGUAUCAGGACACCGCCCACCACGCCCAAAAAAGUGGGCGGCAAAAUGCUUGCUGUCAAGAUUCUCAUGUUGGAUGACACUUACACACUCUUCCAGAUACAGAGCAAAGCUUUGGCUGUCGUGUUACUGGAGCAGGUAUGUCGACAACUCAACCUACUUGAGUCUGAUUACUUUGGCCUGGAAUACACAGAUGGGAAUACGAGAUACUGGCUCGACUUGGAAAAACCUAUGAAUAGACAGGUAUGUUUAAGUCAAGUUGAGCCAGUGCUCCGGUUUUGUGUAAAGUUCUACACACCAGAUCCUGCCCAGUUAGAAGAGGAGUAUACGCGUUACCUCUUUGCUUUGCAAAUCAAGCGUGAUCUAGCUCAUGGUUGGUUACUCUGCAACGAUAACACAGCGGCGCUAAUGGCUUCUUAUAUUGUUCAAGCUGAGUGCGGAGAUUUUGUGGAAGAAGAUUACCCCGACCACCGCUACCUCUCCUUGUAUAAAUUUGUUCCCUCGCAAGAUGCAGAAUUAGAAAGAAAAAUUAUGGAGAAUCACAAGAAACAUGUGGGCAUGACACCAGCCACAGCUGAUCUCAAUUUGUUAGAGACUGCAAGAAGAUGUGAGCUAUAUGGAAUCAAGAUGCACCCUGCUAAGGAUAAUGAAGGCGUCCCUCUCAACUUGGCUGUUGCACACAUGGGUGUGUUGGUCUUUCAGAACCAUACAAAGAUCAACACAUUUUCUUGGGCAAAAAUAAGAAAACUUUCAUUUAAACGGAAACGCUUCCUAACGAAAUUGCAUCCAGAAGGAUAUGGAUAUUAUAAGGAUAUAGUAGAGUUCUUCUUUGAUAGUCGAAAUGAGUGCAAAAAUUUCUGGAAGAAAUGUGUGGAACACCAUGGAUUUUUCCGCUGUUCUCAAGUUAAAAAAGUACCUCGACACAAAACUAGGGUUUUAUCAAGAGGAUCAUCGUUUAGGUACAGUGGGAGAACACAAAAACAAGUUCAGGAGUUUGUGAGAGACAAUUAUGUGAAGAGAGCGCCUUUUCAAAGGUCGCAAUCAUUUCGACACUCUCCAUCUGUACAUACAAGUGUAAGCAAUGUUGGCAUGAGUAUAUCAGCACAGCCUCUUCUGCCUCUUGGAGACAAUCAAUGUGUUGGCACACCUGUGUCCUUAUCCUGUGGAUCCAUGACCUUGGCCUCAACAGGAGACCCACAGUCCCCUGGGUCACCCACUCAGACUGAGACUGCUGACCUGCAUGACUUCGAUACACGUGACCUGGAGACCCCUAGUGUGACUCCUUCAAGGCAAGACACCCUCUCCCCGGAGACAUCAGUUACUUCCAGUCCUCAGCGUGGUCAUGACCCUGAUUACCCUCAUCAUCCAGAAGUAAAGCAAGAUGUCCAAGUUGUGGCUUCAACUGAGACCUCACCAAUUAAGGUUAAUGAUAAGUCAUCAGUGUCCCCUCCACCUUAUACUCCAUCAGCUCCAGUGUCUUAUGGCCAAGACCAAGCCAUUCAUAGCUCAGCAGUACUCAAUGCCUCUCCAGUCUCACCAGCACCACCUAUACAGAAAGAAAAUAUUCCUCUUUCAAAUCAUGUUAAUAAUAGAGUCGACUCCUUGCCAAAUGGUCAUGAUAAGUCAGUAUCUCCUGGUCGAGUUGGUGAAAUGGAAGGUGAAUCUAGAAAACGAAAGUACCCAAGUGAUAAGGCAUAUUUUAUUGCGAAGGAAAUUUUAACAACUGAAAGAACAUACAGAAAGGAUUUAGAAGUUAUACACACGUGGUUGAGAGAAGAAGUCAGUAAAGAGGAAGGAAUGCCAAGUGAGGUCCUGAGUCGACUCUUCACACUGAUAGAACCAAUCUAUGAGUUUCAUUUACAGUUUUUGAAAGAACUUGACAACCGGCUAGCACAGUGGGAUGGCCGUACAAGUGGAUCGAAUAAAUUAGAAUCUCAGAGAGUUGGUGAUAUUAUGCUGAAGAACAUGAGCAUGUUAGAGUUGUAUGAGCAGUACCUUGAAGGUCAUUAUGCCAUACUGGAAGGACUAGAGUCAUCAUUCCGUAAGAAUCGUCGCUUCGAGCAAGUGUAUAGAGAUUUUGAAAUGCAAAAAGUUUGUUACUUGCCAUUAACGUCUUUCAUUCUCAAGCCUUUACAUCGACUUCAACAUUAUCAUCUUCUGUUAGACCGUCUUGUAAAGCACUAUGGUAGUGCAAAUCACCAUGAUUAUCGAGAGUGUAUGACAGCCAAAGCAAAACUUAGUCAAACGGUGAAAAAUAUGGGCCCUGUUUUAGCUGCAUCUGAAAACCUUGUCAAGUUAGUAGAGCUUCAGAGGGAUUUAGUAGGAAUUGACAACCUGGUACAGCCUGGAAGAGAAUUCAUUCGCGAAGGUUGCCUACAAAAAUUGUCUCGCAAAGGUUACCAACAGCGUAUGUUCUUCUUAUUUAAUGAUGUGCUGCUGUACACAAACAGAACUACCACACCUGUAUUACAAUUUAAGGUUCAUGGUCAGCUACCUCUUAGGGGUGUCAUGGUUGAGGAGACAGAAAGUCGUAUGGGUGCAACUAACUGUUUUACUAUAUAUGGUGGUAAUAGAGCCUUAAUGGUUGCUGCAAACAGUGAUGAAGAGAAAACAAAAUGGCUGGAAGAUUUGUCAUCAGCAAUUACCCAAGCUAAAACAAAGCCUGAUGAUGCCUUCCAUUACCUCUCCCUUAAGUCAAUCAGUUCUUCUGAUGAAGUUCUGGAUCGUAGUGAUGGUAGCGCAUUAGACGAUCCCCUGAGCCCCAACAGAAGUCAUGGAGAGAAAGGUGCAUCUGCUCAGCAACGUUCUAAUACAACCGUCCAUGUUUGCUGGCAUCGAGCUACAAGUGUUGCAUCGAGAGAUUAUUCAUUAGCUGUCCAGAAUCAACUAAGUGGAUACCUUCUAAGAAAAUUCAAGAACAGCAUGGGAUGGCAGAAACUGUGGGUUGUAUUUACCAACUUCUGCCUCUUCUUUUAUAAAACUUUCCAGGAUGAUUUUCCUCUGGCUUCUCUCCCACUGUUGGGGUAUACUAUUACUACACCGGGAGAGGAUGACCAGAUACAGAAAGAAUUUGUGUUUAAGCUCCAGUUUAAGAAUCAUGUGUACUUCUUCAGAGCGGAAUCAGAAUUUACUUUUUCACGAUGGAUGGAAGUCAUAUCUACAGCAACUCAGAACUCUGCACGCUCACGUGCAUUUAAUCGUAAGGAAAGUGAAAAUGAGAGCAUACGAUUGUGAAUGAAAAACUUAGGUUGAUGGUCUCAGUAUUAGGUUUACUAACUUCCCAUUGCAAUCAGAAUGACAAUUCAUAUGGUUAAAUUUUAAUAUACUCAAAAGUACAAUUAAAACAAAGCACAAGGAUUUUAGAUUACCAAACAAGGUUUAUUUUGAAACAUGCAUUGUGGAACAAUGGAUAUCAUUCCUGAAGUUUGUAUUGAUUUAGCUUUAUAUUUUAAAGUUAUUAUAAUAUAUAUGAUGUUAUUAGCCAUCCACUAAAUCAGCCAGUACUGUUUUUAAAAUGGGAAUUUUAAUGUUUAUGUACUAUUUUUACAAAGCCUAUUUUAUAUUAAUAGUGUAAAUAUUGUACUUUCAAAAUUGUAAUAUAGGUGAAGGCUUGCUCUGCCAUAAAAAUUACCCUUUUUAUUAUAGUUUAAAUAUAUCAACUAUGACAACCUAUCAACUUUCAAUACAAAUAUAUAACAAGGAUAACAUUCUUUGAAAUCUAAAUUUUGUACAAUUCAUCAUAUCAAAUACUUCUAGUAACUUUAUAGAGUACUGUACUUUUGAAACUAAAUUGAAAAUUUUAAGUUAACUAGUUUUGAUAAAAUUUCACUUUCCAGUUUUAUAUGAAUACAACUCUGUAUGUAGUUUAGCAUAUAGAAAUUUGAUGAUACAAAGGACCAAAGCAAUAUACAGUAAUUUAUUCAUUAUAGAUUAACAGCUAAUGCAUGUAAUUCUUUGUAACAUGCAUUAUUAAGAUGUUAAACGCUGACAACAAAUGUGUGCUAAUGUAGGUUUAUGAAUAAAAGGUGCAAAUAAAAUUAUGCUGCCAUCUAUUCUGAAAUACUAAAGAUUACGGAUUAUAAACUUUAAAAAAGUAGGUUGUGUAAUAUUAAGUUAUUGCUCAUCAGAGGUAAAAGCUUAACAGAUUUAUUCUAAUCCUGAAAUGUUUAUUGUAUUUAGAUUGGAUUAGUUAUGUACUGUAAUUUGUUUACAUAGAUAUAUUGUUAUUAAAGUUGUGAUUGCUAUUUUACGUAGAUUCGUACUAAUGAAUUACCUGUUUGUAGUACCUAACAAAUUCAAGAAAUACACUAUUAGGGCUGCUAGUCUGUAUUAGUCACCUAUUGUGGACAUGUGCUGCAAUUAGGAAACUUCACUUUAAUUACAAAGCAGAGUAAGACUGAUGAAUCUCCUGCUGAGAAAUUUCUUGGCUGUCAUAAUGUACAUAUCAAAUUUGUUUAGACGUGGGCACCAAUAAUUCAGUGUAGGUAUACAGUAUAAAUAUGUGAUAUUAGUGACAAUGAUUGUGUAGGAACACUUGUACAUAGACAAUUCAUUCAACUUCAAUUUAUCUUUGCAAUUGACAUAAGGACAUUUUUAUAGUGUUCUUACAUUGUUUGCUGAAAAUGUUAAUUAAUCCGCAAAAAUAAACAUUUGUAUGGUUUGUAAAUUGGUUUUUAACAGUGUCCUAAAUUAUAGUUUAUACUUCACUUGUCACACUUCCGUUCAUGCAUGUUGUGCUCAAAGUAUCCUAACAAUGUACUGCCCUGUUAUUAGAAUUUCUUUACUAAAUUGCCUUGCCCCUGCCUUACCAUUUAGAUCUGUAUUAUUGCAAUAAUAAAAUGAUUCUUUUAAGAAG